AUGACCGAUUCAAAUCCUCACAUUCCCGACGAAACCCCCCAAAACCCUGACACCAAAACCCAACAAGAAGAAACUCCAACAAAUUCCCAAUCCCCCAAAACCCUAACCCUCGCCGAUCAAGAUCCCCAAUCCCAAUCACAAACCCUACCCGAUCCCAACCCUACACAGCCAUCUGAACACGAGGACACUGUAAUGCAAGAUCCGGUCCAGAAACCCGACGACCCGGAACCCGAUGCUCAUGCGGCAGUGACCGUUACCGCCGCCGCCGCAGCAUUCCCUGGCUCCGGCCGGCGAGGGACUCCGAAGAGGAAGAAAUUGGACGCGAAGCGAACCGCGCUGGAGAAGAAAUGUCGCGAGAAGCUUCAGGUUCUUGUCGAAACCCUAAAACCAAUUCCUUUCGCGCCCCCGAAAGCCCUUGACUUUUCGAGCCACCAGAGCCUCCUCCAGCGCCUUGGGCUCUGGGAGUUCGUGCACCUCGAGUACGACACCGUUGUCCGCAGCGAUCUUCUUGCCCAGCUCAUUGCCAGCUACGUCCCCACGUCGCGAUGUAGCUAUGUCAAUGGGAUUAGGAUCAAGCUGAGUCGUGCCGAUUUGGGCCGGGCCCUGAAGUUACCCAAGAAGAAUGCUGGUUCUUCGGUUGCGGAGGGUAAGGAGGAGGGAGGGGAGACGGUGGACUUGGCAGAAUCGAUUGGGUUUAUUGAGGAAUUGGUGUCGAAUUGGAUGAUGUUGCAUGAUGAGAUGUUUAUCAUGACAUCUGAUGUUAUGGGGCAACUGAAUUUGAUUAAGACAGGGAAGUUGGAGAAGGUUGAUUGGGCAGGUUUGAUUUGGUCCAUGAUGGAGAAGGAAUUGAAGGCUCCACAGCUGACGGAUUGUUACUAUGCUUCGCAUAUGCAGCAGCUGAUUAAGGCGCAGCACCAGGAGCUGCUGGAGGAGCCGGAAGCAGCACAGGAGGAGGAGGAGGAAGAGGAGGGAGAGGAGGUUGGAGGGAAGGAUGAUGGGGAAGAGGCUGAGGUUAAAGAUGAGGAAGAUGAGGAGGCAGCUGCCACAGCCACAGUCACAGAAAAAGUCACUGAUGAAGCCACAGCCAAAGCCACAGCCACAACCACUGUGGAAGACGAAGUGGGUGAGAGUGGUGAUGUGAAGAUGAGUGGAGUUGAUGAGGAGGGUGGCAGGGAUGGUGAGUUGGAGGAGCACAACAUUGAGUUGAGUCUUGGUCAAGAUAAUGUUGAAAGGGUUGAAGUAGGGAAGGAUGUGGUUGGAGGGGUACAAAUUAUGGAUUUUGAUCAGCCCAAGGUGGAAGACUCUGGAUUCUGGCUUAUGGAUCAGAAGAACAAUGUGGAGGAGCCCUUCUUGCGGCCAUGUCAGACUAGUGAUGUAAAGGGUGACGAAUGUGGUGAAGCGAAAGGUGUUGAAGGAGAAGAAGGGCAAGAACAGGAGGAGGAAGAGGAAGAUGCAGAGGAUGACGAGCAUGAUGGUGGGUUCAGUCUCUCACCCAAGUGUAUUCCUAUGGAGGGGAUGCCUUCUGGGCCUGGGGGUCUUGUUCAGGCAAUGUCUGCAGUGCAGAUGCCUUUUACUUCUGGGAUUGAUCUUCGUGACAACCCUGUGGGAGAUUUUCUGUCUCCCAGAGAUGAUCCUCAUAUGAUAUCUGGAUCAUCACUUUUUGGAAAUGGUCACAAAAGGGAGCUUGACCUGGAUAAUCAUAACUCUCACCAUGCACUAAAUGGCAGUAACAAGAGGCUAAGAGGUGAUAGCCCGUGGAAUUCUAAGCCUGCUGACUUUGAAACCUGCAUGGAACAUAUAGAACAUUGGAUGGGGAAGGCUAGAAUGAUGUAUGCAGCAAAAGAACAAGCAUGUGAUGAGUCUUUGACAAAUCAGCAACUCUUGCUUAACGAACUACAGAAGCGAGAUGAAAUGAUUGAGCAAUAUCAUAAAGCAAAGAUGGAUGAGAGUCAUAAGAGACAGGUAGAAAUGUAUCGUCUUGAGAAGGAGCUGUUUAUGAUGACAGGCCUUGUGGAGGGCUAUAGAAAGGCCUUGAAGGAAACACAGAAGGCUUUUGCUGAUUAUAGAGCACGUUGUCCGCAAGCUGAAGAACCACUUUACAAGGAUGUUCCUGGGUCUGGUGGCCUUGUUUUGAGUGUCAUGGAACUGGAAAAGGAGCGCCUGAGAAAGGAAGAAGAAGAAAGGAUUAAGUUGAGGGAGCUUUCGAGAGAUUUUGAAAGGAAAUUGAGGGAGAUUGAAAGCACUUGGUUUGAUAAACUGGAAGAUUAUGCUGGAAGUGUUGAAUCCCUGGCUAACAGGUUGCAGGCUAUUGAGGAGCAGGUUAAGCAUUUGAAGGAAGUGAAAGCCAAAUGUAAUGUGGCAGCUCCUCCUGAAUGUACUCCAACUGUUGAAGAACAAAAAGUUGAAGAUCAAAAUGUUGAAGAACAGAAUGCUUUGUAAGAUUUAAGUUUUCCAUUAGCACGUGACCUAAAUUCUGUUAACUACUAGUUCAAUGCUGCAGAUUGUUUAUGUUUAUAAUGUACAAAGCUCUAUUUUGAAACUGAAUCCAUCACCUAAGAUAAUUGUUACGCUAGAAAUGUGUGAAAUCAAGGUUAUUUUCUCUACUUUGCCUA